AUGUGAGCUAGACUUGGUUCUCGUUAGAUUAAGCGUGCUGGAGCCCCCAAGUUUCCAGCCAGACGGGAGGCCAAAGACGGGCCCUAGCUUUCUGGCCAGGGCGUCGAUCCCUGGAAUCCCGUCUUCUUAGGGCCCAGUAGCCGCCGCGAGACCGAUCUGCCAGCAUGUCCCACAACCAAUCGGCUGUGUUACAGCGUUCGAAUGUCACCCAACCAGUGCCCGCCCUGUGAAAAUGACUUUCCGUGAGAGCUUCAACACAACUUUACAACCACCACUCAUCGAGACUAUCUCUUCACAAACAUAAACCAACUUCACCACGGGGUUGCAUCUCCAUCCCGCAAUCUACGGAGUGUUGUCACAACACACAUCAUGGCCUCAAAGCCAAACACGCCCCUUGAGCGCCACUGCCUCGUAACAGUUGGCGCAACAGCCCGCUUCACACAGCUCCUGACCGAGGUCCUCUCCAACGCGUUUCUGGACCAUGUCACCUCGAACCGCUACACGCACCUCACACUCCAAUGCGGCAAAGACUACGCAGAUUUCUCCCGCCAGAUUCUACCUCCGAUUCUGAAUCAGUACCCUGGAAUCGAAAUCACCGCCUUUGACUUUGUCGACGAUUUGACUACCGAGAUGAUCAAAUGUCGAGCGCAGGCGGGCAUGCGGGAGGCUGGUGUGGUCAUCUGUCAUGCAGGCACGGGAACCAUCCUUGACGGAAUGCGCGUCAGCGUGCCCCUCAUCGUGGUCCCCAACCCAACCCUCAAAGACAACCACCAGGUCGAGCUCGCCGAAGAGAUCCAGCGCCAGGGCUACGGGAUCUGGGGCCGCCUCGGCGACAUUGCGUGGGCCCUGGAGCAGCUGGUACUACAGCUCGAUAAGACGGAGCAGCAGUACCGGCCUCACCACAUUGCCACGACGGGAGUGGACCCCGUGGAUGUGGAUGUUUGGCAGGUCAGCAGCGCGCUUAUGAACCGCUACUCUGACGAAACUGGUCCUGCUGCGGCGGCGGCGCCCAAGAGGUCCCAAGUGAGUGACGGUGGCGGCGGCAGCGGUGCUGGAGAGGAGGUUCAGCGGGAGGAGGUGGCGCAGAUGACGAUGGGCUAGGAGUCUUAUCGAUAUUGGAAGCCCUUUGAGUUCCCUGAAAAUCCAUCGUUGGACAAGAUUGAGGAAGAAAUGACCAUGACGAAUACUCUUUGAGGUUGUGGGAAAGAGAAAGGUCGAACUAGAGUGCAUAGAAUGGGCACUGGGGCAACGAGCCUGCUCCUUAGACAUGAGAGAUACCCCCCAAAUUUGAACGGCGU